CUUUGAUCUUACCAUCCUCACGAUGCGGUGGUCUUCAAGCCUCUGCAUCCUCUCUUCGUGGUUUCUGAACAUCAGUAACGCCUGUCCUUUGGGGGACCGCGAAGACGCUCAUGCUACUACCUUGCAGGCACGCGACAAUACCUUCUGGCGUCGUGUUAGGAUUGGUGGAGGGUUAGGAGCCGAUAAUUCCGCCGGUCAGAUAUCUGAUGUUUUCACCGUCGGAGAUUCGUCGACACCUGGAGGUUGCAGUGCCCAGAUGAACACUGUGAACGCGUGGUUGAAAGAUGCCAUAACAUUGCAGGACGCAAUUGUGAAAGCGUACAGCAAUUAUAAAUCCGACAAAGGUUUGAGACAGACUUGGGAGUUCAUUUUCGGCAUCGAGUUCGAUGGAAAUGACGUGGACAUGGAUGAUCUUUUGACCAAGAUGUUGUGGCCCGCAAUCGGAAAGCGCAUAGCCGGAGUCACCCAAUAUCUCGAGAAAGCUGCCAGUUUCAAGCCCUGGAUAUUUUGUUCUGAAAUGGCCGGUUCGCUUCAGCAAUGGGAUCAACCCAUCAAAGAUAAGAACGGCAAAGAGAUAGCGAGCAAACUCGGUCCGGAUGGAAAACCAGAGGACUACUAUACACUCAGACAGGUGUUUCAAACGCAAGCCAGCACACCCGACAUGAAAGCUUUCUAUAUGGAGGCAUUCAAAGGCUACGACUUUUAUACCAACAAAUACAACAGCCUUUGUGGGGACGGAAACCGCUAUGCUGCAACUAGUCGAUAUAUCGAUCGCGCCGCCGGAAACCCUCUCGUCCCACAAGUAGACAUAACUUCAGCCACACGAAACGUUAUAUUUUGCCCAAACUCUUUCUCUCCACCCAAUGGCGGCCAACAUUCCUUCCCUUCGCUCUCUAUGGCUGUUUCAUCGGGCUACUAUCCCCCAUAUGGGGGGGACUGGAAUAUAGGUCAACCAAACAUUGAGAAAUACAUACCCGUUAGUGGUACAUUUUACCACGAGCUCUACCACCUGACGGACGUGGGCGACACAGCUGAUCCAUACCGACACAUGAUCCACAUUUACAUGGCUGCCAGGCAACAAGCAGCAAACAAUGCAGAUAACCCGGAGUCGUACCUCUAUAUGGCUAUGGCAACUUACAUGUUUCUCAAUCCGCCACAGGGCAAGGACGCCGUCUUGUUUCCUGCAGGUGUCCCCAAGAAAGCUUCGGACGUGAAAUAG